AAGUUUUAUAAAUAUGCUUCUGUGAUUUUAGAAUUGCAAGAAUUGGUUAAUGGGAUAUUGAGUUAAGUGAUUUGUUCUUGAAGAAUGGAUGCCCUACUGCUAUAAUGCACUGUUCCUUCCUCAAAUUUGAAGUUGCUGCAUGUGUUUUACUGUUUAAAAUUACUUUGAUAUUCCUGUCUUGCAUCAUUUACAGCAACUAUUUAGUUCAUAAAUUCUUAUAGUUUUCUUUGCAAAUAAAUUUCUGUUGCAACCCUAAUAAAAUCUCAAAAUUUAACCAAUUUAUAUACAUUUUGUUUAGCUUUAUGCAUAAAUUAAUAAUUUUCUUUCUUAACUUAUAAACAAGUCUAUUUGAAGUAACAGGACUUAUGACAACUAUCAGGUUGGAAAAGCUCAUGGGUUAUAUAUGUUGGAUUCAUGUCGCCUACAGGAUAUCUUUAGCAGAAUUUAGUGCUAUUGCGUUUAGCUUUCUCACUGGAGGGCGAUCUGCAAAGUUCAGUUAUGGAUAUUCCAGUUUUAGAGGUAAAAGGGCUUCAAUGGAGGAUUUCUAUGAGACAAGGAUAUCUGAAGUUGAUGGUCAGAUGGUUGCCUUUUUUGGAGUUUUCGAUGGUCACGGUGGUGCCAGAACUGCAGAGUAUCUAAAAAACAACCUAUUCAAGAAUUUAAGUAGUCAUCCAGAUUUUAUCAAAGACACAAAGGCAGCUAUUGUUGAAGUUUUCAGACAGACAGAUGUGGAUUACCUUAAUGAAGAGAAAGGUCAGCAAAAAGAUGCUGGGUCAACUGCAUCAACUGCUAUGCUGUUAGGGGAUCGGCUGCUUGUUGCAAAUGUUGGUGAUUCCAGAGUGGUUGCCUCUAGAGCUGGCUCAGCACUUCCACUGUCUAUUGAUCAUAAACCUGAUAGAUCUGAUGAGCGGCAAAGGAUUGAAGAAGCUGGAGGUUUUAUUAUUUGGGCAGGAACAUGGCGAGUUGGUGGUGUCCUUUCUGUUUCUCGUGCAUUUGGAGACAAACUACUUAAGCCGUUUGUAGUUGCUGAGCCAGAAAUUCAGGAAGAAGAAAUUGAUGGUGUGGACUUUAUCAUCAUUGGCAGCGAUGGACUUUGGAAUGUAUUAUCGAAUCAGGAUGCUGUGGAUGUAGUGCAAGAAAUAACUGAUGCAGAAGCUGCAGCAAGGAAGCUCAUACAAGAAGCUUAUGCACGUGGGAGCUCUGACAACAUUACUUGUGUUGUGGUCCGGUUUGAGGUCUCAUGACCAGACAUAUCAAGAUCUCGAUUUAUGACCAUGCCCAUCAUACAUAUAGUUGAAAUACCUUCUUAAUUAGUGCUCGUUUCGUUGUGGCUUUUACAAAUCGAUAAGAAUCCAAGCAUGAAAGUGGAAGAAUAUUCCAUUGAUGCAUUUUUUUUGUUGCCCCAUUGGGAUUUGGAUGCACUUCUUGAUUAAUAUGCCAGGCUAACAUCUGAAUUUACAAGAUGUUGGCCCCCAGUGAUCUGUUAAUGUAUUUUUAUUCUUGAUAUGUGACAAAAUCUUUACGGAAUGAAUGGAUUGGUCUUGCCCAAGGUUUGUUGGA